CAGUCCACAGCAACACACCGCCACACAUAGCAACAUCUCCCGGUCAGUCACGUAACUUGAUACCAUCAGCGUAGAGACCUAGUCAUGGCGUCAAUGACUGUGUACCAGAGUCUGUCUUACGUCGUCGCAGUCAACGUCGUAACGAUAGCAUGGGUGUAUGUGGGUCAUGUGAAAUGGCUGAGCUUCCAGACACUGGCAAAGGCGAUGUUCCUGCCGACAGCCAUGGCGCUGUAUUUCACCGACGACGUAUGGUCCCUGGUUGUCCGAGUACUCGGCGUGCGCCAGCCCUUGGAAGCUGUGGCCUAUUCGGCGGUAGCGGUGUACAGUGUCGCGGCCCUGGUGGGAGCUUGCGUCGUCAUUGACCUCCUCAUGGGAUGGGCACAGCUCAAUCACCAGCCUGACUACCAAGCUGACGUCUUGAACGGCACAUUCUUCAACGGCACCUUCUUCGGCAGCUUCCUCAGGGCGGCGGGGGAGGAAGUGGGGUGGAGAUGCUUCUUGCUGCCGUCAUUGAUGUCCCACUUCACGCCAGGUGUCGCUCUGUUACUUAGCGGUGUAGCAUGGGGACUGUUUCACGUGCCCGUGUUGAUACUGAUGACGUCACGACUGUCACCCCCAAGGCCCCGCAUCACCGUGCUCGUGCAGUGUUUAUCUGUGACUUUAUCAGCUUUCCCCCAUGGCUGGGUGGCAAUCAAGUCGGGAUACUCGAUUUGGGCGAGUGGUCUGAUGCAUACACUAUGGAACCAGGUGAACCCCGUCAUCUUGGGCAGCAUCUACACCCAAGCACCGGGUGUCGUAGUCGGUCACCAGUGGCUCAUCAACGGCGAAGGGCUGGCGGGAUGCAUUGUCAUCCUUCCUCUCGCCAUUUGGAUGUCGGUAACAAUGUGAAGAGCAGAUAUAGCGCCAAGAGGAUCGCAAGGUGUCUACACGGAGUGAGUGAGAGAGUUUAGUUUUACGCAGCUUUUAGCAAUAUUCCAGCCAUAUUACGGCGGGGGACAGCGGAAAUAGGCUUCGCAUGUUUUACCCAUGUGAGGAAUCGAACCCGGGUCUUCGGCUUGACGAGCGAACGCUUUAACCACUGGGCUACCCCACCGCCUCUGCGGAAAUAGCGGCGUGCUAAUGAUUGGAGCUUUCAUACCUUGGCGCUUUUUUAAGUAAAGAACCAACCAUCUGUGACCAACAAUAAUGUUUGCAUGGUAAUACUUACAUAAGAAGUAAUAAUAUUUUUGUAUAUCGUAUUUUCACAUGUAAAUGAACAUAAUAUUGUGUAGCAUUGUGGUAAUGAGCAUAUAUUAUGUGUGUCAUGUUAUGUUCUGUUUUGAAUCAUGUUAUCAAGAGGAAAAUGCAUUUCUUUGACAUAUCAAA